AUGUCCGUUGACUAUCGAACCGUACCCAUCUCGAACGGAAUGGAACCUCCAACAGAUGCUACGUUAAUAGUUUGUUUUACCGGUAUUGUUUUGGUCGCUAUAUCCUGUCUAAUGAAAUUCAUAUUCGCACCGGUGUCGACUAAGAAAUCUAGCGCGCGACCAUCGGGUGACGUAUGUUCUAGGACUAAAGUUGUUACAACACGACAGCAGUAUGCUACUUUGUUGGAGCUUUUGCAACAGAAACCAGAAAUCGCCCAGGGUUUCUCAAAAUGCUCCAAGGAAGAGGUAAUGGAGUUCUGGCAAAAUGUGGCGAAGGAGCUUAAUAGUCUGGGCCCUCCAACCAAAGACGUGUCGAGCUGGAAAAAAGCGUGGUUAGAUUGGAAGGCCUACAUAAAGAGGAAGCUAUCCGAAAACAAGAAGGAGCAGGCAGCAACAGGCGGAGGACGAAAUAGGCAGCACCAUUUCAAUGAAUCGGAAGAGGAAGUCAUUAAGAUGCCAGCUUUGGAGACCAGCACGCACGGUAUCACAGGUACGCAAAAGAGUGUGGAACACUUUGCAGAACAGAAUGAGAAGCUAGACGCCCUCGCUUCGAAUAUGCAGCGCUUGUGCUCGGAAGUGGAAAGAAUGUGCGAUGUGAAAGAAGCCGAUUUGGAAGAGACCCGCCUGUACCAUAUACACAUGCAAAACUUGAAUACGGCAAAAAAUGACAUAAAAAAACAAAUGCUGGAGGUAGAGCAGCGAAGUUUAGAAAUAUUGUCAAGAAAUAAAUAA